UAGGGCUGGGACUUCAUUCGCCAGGAUGACUCCACAGAAUGUGGUAGCACUGCGCCAUGUGAGGGAGGACGAGCUGGACGCACUGAAAGCGAGGCUGGCCCGUCACCUGCCUCACUCUGUCGUUGUUUAUGCUGGCUUGAGUUUGGCGGCGCGCUAUGGCAUACAUUCUUUCCGACCUGCCUCCAUCCUGGUGCCCGUCAGCCCACGCCCUUCCUGUCUCACCAUCAUUACUCCUAUAGGAUCUAGCGACCCGCCGAGCAUCGAGGUGUUCUGGAGUCCUGAUGAGCACACUGUCAAUGAUGUAGCUCAAUACCUUUCUCUCAUCCCUGAUCUAGACUGGAGUCAGCCCAAAACCUUAGUAGCCGUUCCCCGAAUCCUACUGCCGGCACUCCAAUCGUUGGACACCAUUGGUGGCCGGCGGGUGCAGGUUCAUGUGAAGCACGGCGGACAUGUAUACAAGCUUGAAAAGCCUGCAAUGCUGGGCACUAAGCUGCCUCCACAAUACCACAUUUCCAAACUGGAGGAGGACGAGGCGUCAGUGGUUUGGACUAACUGGGAUUUCAACUUUCUCGACUCUGAGGACAAUAUUAGGCAUGAUAUCGUCCACUUCCCGUCCAUCGCUAUUCGGGAACACAGCCUCACCGAUAGUGCAGGAUCACCACAGCAAGUGGCAAAGGAAACACUAGUAUCAUGGGUCCGCACAACCAAAAAUGGAUGGAUGGGCAACACCUUCACGUUUCCGCACCAUCGUCGCAGAGGCCUGGCAGGCACCGCCACCCUGGCCCUGGCCCAUCAGAUGAUACAGGAGGGUUUCUUCGCAAUCGUUGCCAUUGAGGGUAUCAAUACCGCUUCCAUAACAUUCCACGAGGGUCUUGGUUUCAAGAGGCAGUGUGCAAUUUGUGUGGUUGUACUGGUGCCAGCUGAGACCACAGACGAAGACUAUUCAGAAUAGGAUGAUUUCAUGACAUGACCAUAACAUCAUUCAUCACCACAGUCAUCAGUUGGCUACAACCAAAUUUGUGCCUACCUGUCACUCCCUAUUUCCUAGAAGUAAACAUUCGCGGUCUUAUAUCUAAUCUUCAAUCUGUAGAACACCACCUCUCCUCUAGUAAGCCUCAUCCUUUCCUCACCGAAACACAGCUGUCUGAGGCAACUGACAGUAGUCCCUUCUCUGUUCCCUCCUACUUUCUCUAUUCUCAUUUUCGUUCCAAAGCUGGAUUUUGCUUUUUAGUGCGCAACGACUUGACUUGCUCUCAUGACCACAUUCUUGAAUCUUACGAGUUUUCCACCAUCUGGCUUUAACUCAAAGGUCACUAACUAAAUAUAUAUGUGCUGUUUAUCUCUCCCCUAACUCCUCUGACAAUAAAAAAUUCUUAAACUACUUAACUUCUAAAGUGGAUCACAUUCUGUCCCUCUAUCCUUUCAUGGAUAUCUCCAUCCUUGGAUAUUUCAAUGUUCAUCACCAGUCUUAGCUUUCUCCUCCCAUUACUGACCAUCCUGAUGAACUAGUCUUCAACUUUGCUAUCCACCAUGACCUAGAGCAAAUGGUGCAACAUUCUAGUCGUAUUCCUGACCGUCUUGGAGAUACGCCCAACAUUCUUGACCUAUUUCUUGCUUCUAAUCCUUCUGGUUAU